AUGUGGAUCGUGUUUCAGCGGUCUAAGGCACCGAAAAACGUGGUCACCAUUCGAAUGAGACCAAAUGAGCAUCCAUUAACAUCUCAAUUAACCCUCGCGCUGGUCAUUACUGACGGGAAGAAGCAAGAGGAACUGCGCUUGCCAACCCGCUUGCCAGGCGUGGCAACUAUGGCAAAACCCCCCGUCAUGAUGGAAGCCCAAACGAUC